GAGAGAGAGGGAACGUGAGAGACUCUCUCGGUGUCGAGACGGGGGCGUGCGCUCGAUGGCCGCCUAGACCGCUCGAAUCGGUCGCGCCCGGGGCGUGAGCCAGGCGCGCGAGUACCGCGGCCUGAACGAGCGGGAUAGAGAGAGGACGGCGAGAGGGAGAGGAAGAGAGAGAGAAGGACAGACAGAGAAGGGGGGGCAAGAUUCACGUUCGCCGCGGAGGGCUGCGUUCGCCAAGCAGUUACUCCGGAACCGUUGCCUUGACGACACGCGUUCACGCAUGCGCGCACGCAACGCCGGCCGUACGCGAGCAACAGUCAAAAGUGCGCGCGCCAGUCGCCUCCGUCACCCUAGCCUUCGUAUCGCCGCUGUUUCCACCACCACCACCACCACCACCACCAUUGCCACUACCGCCACCACCGCCACCUCCGCGACCGCCGCCGCCACCGCGACCCCACCACCGUCGUCAUCAACAUUACCACCACCGGCGUUGAAUACCACCACCCUCGCCUUCUCGUAAGCAGACUCUGCUCUCUUUCUCUCUGUCUCUCUCCCACCAUUUCUCUCUCCGCCCUCGUCCUCGUGGUGCUCCGGCGGCGAACACGCGCGCUCGCGUCAACGCGUUAACGGGAGUGCGCGCUGUCACCGUCGAGAAACGUCAUUUCGCGGAUCCCGCGGCGAUCGACCACGAUCGUCGCUCGUACGCUCGCGAGUCGCGUAUACAUCCACCUUACCCCGACGCUGCGGGACGCGACGUCGUGGGUGCGCAUCGUCGUCGUUACCUGCCGCGUCGGAUGUUCCGUGUCUCGUGUCGUCGUCGUCGUCGUGCGAAUUGCCAACGGGCUCGUCCGAGGCGUGCGUUCGACCUGUCAUCGCGAGUGUCAUCGGCCGACGAGGGACGAGGAUGCUCUGUCGGGGGGUGAUCAGCCCUUGCAAGAGGAGGAAGAAGAUCGGCGAGUGAAGGAGCAGCCAGUGAGUGAGCGACGAUGCCGAUCCGCUGGAGAACACUUCGCUAGCAUAGGGAUAUCCCGGCACGUUUCAUGUAGUCGUCGCGCGGCCAACUGUCGGACUGUCAUUUGCCACCCGAUGCCUCCGCUGGAGGACUUCGGCGGACACGAGAACGCCCCGAGGAACAUCGCGCCGUGAAUCGAACUCGAGGUCCAAGUUGAGCGCCUCUUCGCCCCGUUAGCGCUCCUCCUCGACAACGGCGCGUUGGCGUCGACGGCGACGGCAGCAGCGUCGGCGUCGCCGGCGACAGCGAUCACGCGGAGUCGUCCUGUCAAUUGGAGCGAGUUUCCGCUAAUCGGCGGGCGAGAUGUCCGCUGACAUUCGAACGACAUUCGACGAGCAUUCGGCGGCCUGCUGCGGAAUAGUGUCUCGCGCACAGAACUCGCUGGACUCGCGCGGGACGUCAACGCGGUGCACGCGUACGUGACUGUAGUCGUGGCUCGUCGCCUGGGUGACCGCCGCGAUUAUCGCGAAUCGAAGUGACAUCGUGAAACACGAUCGCUGCGAGCCACAAGAACUCGCCCUCUACCGCUGUCAUCAGCCUACUACGGCCGAAAUCUCAAGGGAGAAACUGUCCGAGAGCACGGAGAAGGUCUCGUCGCGAAGCGUCGCCAAGUACCGCGGAUCGAGUCGACGAGGAAGAUGCUGACAUCGUGUUCUCCGCUGCGGUCCGCCUGAAGUCCGACGGAAGAGACCUAGAAAGUAGACCCUUCUGGAGCUUCAAGGGAGAGUCCGAGUCGGUCGCUUCCGCGUCGGCGGGUUGCAAGAAAAAAAGAAAGAGAGAAAGAAAGAAAAAGGUACAGAGAGAGAGAGAGAGAGAGAGAGAGAGAGAGAGAGAGAGAGAGAGAGAGAGAGAGCGGAGGGACUCCCAGCCGUCGGCGAGAGAUAUCACGGCGCGUCAACGGCUGCGUCCGCAGGUUGGAUGGUGCCGCGAGGAUUAACCCUCGGCAGAACGACGUCUCGGGAGCCGGAGCCGGAGCAGCUACGCUUUUACGACUCUCCGCCGCCGCCACGGAUGGACGCGAGCGUGUGCUGUCUGCCCGCCGGUGCCGGCACGGGAGCGCAGCAUCCUCAUCCGGCGGCUCUGCAGGGUCUACCGUCGGCCGGACAGCCGACGAUACAGCCGCCUUACCAGUACGCCGCGGAUCAGAUAGUGCCCGACCGGGCGCAACCCGACGGACUCGCCGUGCUCGGAUGCAACGCACAGGACGGCUGGCAGCAGAUCUCGUCGACGUCCACCGUCGCCGGGGCCGUGACCGCCACCACCGCGUACAUCGACUACUCGUGGCUGCAGAUGCAGCAGACGUCAGAUCUGGACACUUUGCUGUGCAGGCAAGAUCUCGAUCGUCUACAGAAGCUGGACGAAGAUGAGUCGGAGAGGGACGCGCGGGAGCAGUCGAUGCACAUGGAGGACUUCUUUGAGGUCGGCGGCCCGGUGUGCCGACCGCAGGCCAGCUUCGUCUCCGCCAGGAGUCAGCCGGCCGGCAACGACGACGACGUGUUCCUCAGGCCGCCGCUCUGGGAGGACAUCACGUCGAGCAUCCAGAAACUGGACCCGGAGAACGCGGACAUGCUGGGCUCGCAGCCCCACGUGAAGAUGGAGACGGACGAGGUGACGCCGCCGGUGCUGUCCCCGGUGGAGAUCAAGACGGAGCCGUUGCCGCCACCGCCGACUUUGCACCUUCUCGAGGGGCCCGCCGCGAACCCCGCCGCGCAGAGCUUCUCGAGCGCGCACCCCAACCCCUCGAGCGUCCAGCACGUGGUCCAUCAUCGGACGACGACGACGACGGUGCUCUUCAAGAGCUACCCCAACAACAACAACAACAACAAUAACAACAACAACAAUACCAACAACAACAAUAACAACAACAACAACAACAACAACGGGACCAACAACAACAGGGCGAGCAACGGCAGCAACGCCGGCAGCAACGGCAGCGGCAACGCCGUCAACGGUGCCAGCGGCAACAACAGCAACAGCAACGGCGGCGGCAGCAACAAUGACUCGACGACGAGUCAUCACGGCACCGCCGGCGGUCAUCAGGCGAGUGGCAACGCGACGUCGCCGCUCUACGGCUCGAUGACGAGGCUGAUGUAUAUUUCGCCGCUGACGCCACCGAUCUCCGACCCCGGCUCGCCCAUCGGCGCCGGUCCACCUAGGCGGACGCCGCCACCCCCGUAUCCCCAGCCGCCGAUCCUGAAUCCGGCCCACAGGAUUCAGCCGCCGUCGAUGAGCACCAGGUUCAACAGGCGGAACAAUCCGGAACUGGAGAAGCGCCGGGUGCACCACUGCGACUUCAUAGGUUGUACGAAAGUCUACACGAAGAGCUCGCAUCUGAAGGCUCACCAGCGGAUACACACCGGCGAGAAACCGUAUCAGUGUCAAUGGGCGGAAUGCGAGUGGCGAUUCGCCAGGAGCGACGAAUUGACGCGGCACUACCGCAAGCACACCGGGGCUAAGCCCUUUAAAUGCGCGGUCUGCGAGCGCUCCUUCGCCAGGAGCGAUCAUCUCGCGCUGCACAUGAAGCGGCACCUCCCGAAGCAGCACACCAAGUGAGGAGAGUGAAAGACGGAGGGAAAGAGAGAGCUCUCCUCUUCGCGUCCCGUUCGUUCGUCCGUUUCGUUCUCUCGACUACCUGCGUUGGACGCGCCGUUGUUUUCGCCAUUCAGGCUUCGAGGCGCGGUGCUUUCAGUCGAGUCUGUCAGCCUGGAGAACGCCGAGAAAGUGCGGUAAUGGAAAUUACGAAAUAGUCUCUUCAGCGAUAAUAAUAUCCGACGAUUUUAAUUUAUGUCGGACCAUUUUGGCGAAUUAUAUUUUUCGUGUGUUUUUUUAUUGUGCAUCUGACAGCUUGAUGUGUCUUUUUGUUUUCUCUUUCCCGAGAAUUUCGAAAAUAUUUCUCGUUCCUAUCAUUUCAAAAUUAAUCGAAAUCAUUUUGAAUCAUUUCGAAAUCUUCCAGGAAGAAAUAAUAAUUUCUCUCGUUUCUUCAUAUAUAUGAUAUAUAUUAAUUAUUAAUUAACUAUAUAUAU